AUCUGAGCAAAACAAAUGGCUCUCCCUCUCAGCUUACUCAUCAUCAUUCUCUUCUCUAUCACUAUCUUCUCUACUUACAUCUCCACCAUCAAUGGAGCUUUCUCAGAACACAACCCUAUCGCCUUAACCACAACACACACGCAAAAAACGACUCACCUUCACUUCUUCUUCCACGACACUCUCGACGGCAAAAACCCUAGUGCUGUCAGAAUCAUUAGCCCUGAAAAAAGCAAUUUUGGAACCACUUUCAUGACUGAUGACCCUUUAACAGAAGGACCAGAACUGACCUCCAAGCUAGUGGGAAGAGCUCAGGGAAUGUACGCGUCGGCGUCUCAACACGACGUCGUGUUGCUGAUGGUGAUGAACUAUGCGUUCAUAGAGGGGAUUUACAGAGGCAGUUCACUGAGUGUUCUUGGGAGGAACCCUCCGAUGGAAGAUGUCAGGGAGAUGCCUAUUGUCGGAGGAAGUGGUUUGUUUCGAUUUGCCAGAGGUUAUGCUUUGGCUCAUACUCUUUGGUUUGAUCCUAAAUCUGGAAGUGCUGUUGUGGAGUACAAUGUUACUGUGAUUCAUUUCUAAGUCUCUGCUUUUUUGCUUUGUUUAGUCUUAUUAUUGUUUUAGCAGUUAUUGUCUUAUUGAUCAUCGCUUCAUCCA